AUGAAGGCCAUCCGACGCUCCUUGAAGGGGGAGAAAGAUCCUAGACAUCACCAACAUCACGUCUCUAUCACCCCCAAAUCUGCAAUCGCAAUCUUGCCGCCCAAAAAAGUCAUCAAAGCCCUCUACGAUUACACUCCCGAGCCCGGUGCGACCCAGGAACUCGGCUUUAGCAAGGGCGACUUCUUCCACGUUAUCAGCCGCGAAGACGAUCCAGACUGGUACGAGGCCUGCAAUCCCCUCAUCCCUAGCGCCCGAGGGCUCGUUCCCGUCUCCUUCUUUGAGGUCAUCGGCAAAAACGAGAGGGACAGUGGGGGUUCCGUGGACUUGCACAAAAAGGACCACUACGACUCUGGCUUCUCCGAUCGCAGUCCCACCUCGGAUUCUUCCACCACCACCCACUCCCGACAAGGCGCAUUCAGAAUGUCCGCGCUCAAAGGUCAGGGCGCCAUGGUCUAUGGCAUCGUCCAAUAUGAUUUCCAGGCCGAGCGACCCGAUGAAUUGGAUGCGCGCGCCGGUGAAGCCAUCAUUGUCAUCGCCCAGUCCAACCCCGAAUGGUUCGUCGCCAAGCCCAUCGGUCGCCUCGGGGGCCCCGGCCUGAUUCCGGUCUCCUUCAUCGAGCUGCGCGACAUGCAGAGCGGCCAGGCGGUCACCGACCCCCUGGAGGCAGUACGCCGCGCCGGUGUGCCCAAGGUGGAGGAGUGGAAGAAGAUGACCGCCGAGUACAAAAACAGCAGUAUCACUCUAGGCAAGCUCGACCCCGCAGGAGGCGGAAUGGUCUCCGUCACGUCGGGCAUGGACAAGAUGUCAAUGGGCGCAUCGCAUCCCAAUGCUGGUCGUAUGAGUCAGAAUGGCAACAAUGCGGGGAUUCAUCAGCGCAACGCCAGCAAGGGUACCCUGUCCGGUCAAGCGGUCGGGGGCCAUUCGCAGCCGCAAAGCUACCAACAACUCCUGGCGCCGGUGGCCGCAUCGAUCCCACGGUAUUGCUUCGACAAUGACAAAUACUGGUACAUCAUUGAAGCCAAGAUGGAGGACGGUCGGUGUUGGGAGCUGUCUCGCUACUACCACGAUUUCUACGACUUCCAAAUUGCGCUGCUCACACAAUUCGACGAUGAAGCCGGUAACCGGGGUCGUCCUCGCACCUUGCCCUUUAUGCCGGGCCCCGUCACCCAUGUCACCGAUGCAAUUUCGAAUGGGCGUCGCCAAAACCUUGACGAAUACAUCAAGAAACUUCUCUCCAUGCCCCCGCACAUCUCUCGCUGUCAACUCGUACGUCAGCUGUUCGCGCCCCGCCAGGGCGAUUUCGAAAUUGAUCCGAAUGCGUUUGGCGAGGAGGCACGCUAUUCGGAUCAGUCACAUCACUCCUCCUCUGGACUGGAGCAGUCGCGCAGUGCUUCUCGACAAUCCUCCCAGGCGCCAAUCAGUACGGGGCCUGACAGGGCAUCGCAGCAGCGCACCCCCGGCGGCGUUGCUCCGGGGGGGUUUGCGGUUCCGCCUCCCAUGAACCGACAAGGAAGUUCUUUGACGCAGGUGUCGACCAACUCCAACGCGUCCGCCAUGAAGGUCAAGGUCUUCUUCCAGGAUGAUCUGAUUGCCAUUCGGAUACCCGCUGGUGUAAGCCUUGCGCAUCUUAAGGACAAACUUUGCGAUCGACUCAAGAUCCAAGAGGAUAUUAUCGUGCAGUAUCGCGAUGAAGCUUCGGGGAGCUACAUUGAUCUGGCGUCAGAUGCCGAUUUGGAGCAAGCCAUGCAACGGAACACCAAGUUGACACUGUUUGUCAACAUUGCAUGA